CAUAUAUUCACUAAAGCAAAACAAAACAAAAAAAACUUUAUAGUUUCAACUUUGAAACCAUAUACCAUGGAUUUUGGGAUUGUUUCAUAAGUAGCUUGAAUUUAUUUAAGUUACUUUAAUACCCAAAAAAAUCUGCUGUUGUUUCAGUUUUGUAUUCAAAAAAUUGAAAAAAAAAAUAAGGUUUUAAGAGCAUGAUGAGGAUCAUGAGACGCAAUGGUUGGCAGCGACCUCUCCAUCCUUUACAGAUGGUGGGAAUGGCAGUCUUUAGUUUCCUAGUUGUGGCAUUUUAUACAUUUUUAGGGCUUUUGCUUGGGAACAGAAUAGCUGAAAUCACUAUCACAACGAUCUUUUCCUUUGUGGCACUCUCAGUUAUGUUCCUGUUUGUUAGGUGUACUGCUAUUGAUCCUACUGAUAAAACCAGCUUUAAGAAGAAGAAAAAAGCGAAAUCUAAAGGGAUUUUGAAGCUAAAUUAUGGGUUCAUAUUGACCCAGAUUGUUAUAAGGUUUUUUAGGAGGUUGGAGAAGAAGAUUCUAAGGACUUUUAUAAGGAGGAAGUAUUUAGAUCCAUGGAAAACCAAUUUCCAAAUGGAACCCUUGCUACCAUUUCCCCUUGUCAUGAAAGAUGAUGCAGUUUCACCUGAUGUUAAAGAGGAUGAUAAUAUCUCUUAUUGUUCUCUAUGCGAUUUUGAGGUGAAAAAACAUAGCAAGCAUUGUAGAACUUGCAACCGGUGUGUUGAAGGUUUUGAUCAUCAUUGCAGGUGGUUGAACAACUGUGUAGGCAAAAGAAACUAUACAACAUUCAUUCUUCUAAUGAUUUUUGUCUUGUUAAUGCUGAUUCUAGAAGGAGGCACUGCAAUUGCUAUAUUUAUUAGGUGCUUUGCGGACAAGAAGGGAAUAGAGCUAGAGCUGGAGAAAAGGCUUUACAUAAAGUUCCCUAGAGAAGUUCUUGCCACUAUAACAGUUUUGUUGGCUUUGUUUACUGUUUAUGGAUCAGCUGCAAUGGGACAACUUUUCUUCUUUCAUGUAGUUCUGAUAAGAAAGGGAAUGAGAACAUAUGAUUAUAUAUUGGCAAUGAAAGAAGAGAACCAAUUUACAGUGGACCCUUUUGACGACUCCGAUGUCUCGUCGGACGACAGCUCUGAUUUUGAUUCACCCGAAAAAGCAACAUUCUUGUCGAGGUUCAUAUGCAAAGGACUGAGAACUCAGGAUCCCCCGAGAUUGUCCAUAAGAAUUGAUGAAGAUCCUAAAGCUUCCACCUCAACCAGCAAGAAGCAAGGGUUCCAUGUAAGCAUUGAUCCAUGGAAACUGAUAAAUCUUAGUAGGGACAAAGCUCUUCUAGCUGCAGAUAAGGCUAGACAAAGGCUUAUGAUACAAAAGCCAGCAGUGGAGAUUGAUGCAUUGAAGCCACUACCACUAGAAACAAAACAUGGCCCAUUAAUGAACCCUGAAAGAAAUAUGGCCAAUUCAGGAACAGCUGCAACACCUCUAGUUUCUAAAGGCAGAAUUCCAGGUUCACCAGGAAGACUUACAAGCCCGAGGCGUCGAUUUUCAGGCUCUCCAACUAUGUUUUCUGCUAUGCCAUCACCGUCACCAAAACAAAAGUACAGAAGCAAUUUCGAUUUGAAGUUAACCGAGGUUUCCAGGGAGCUUGAAACAUACAUUUCAAGGCAAGUUUUAUGUUCUGUCAUAAAGAAAGAUGAAAGUGAAGCAUCUCCAAGAUGAAAAAAAACAAAGAUUCAUUUGGUUGUUUGUGUGAAUUCUUGAUGAAACAUCUGAUUUAAUUUUUUUCGUUUUUGAACUCGUUUCGAACAAUGUGAUACUCAUUUUAGAUCGAUGAAUACAAAUACAGUUGAACAA